GCACAAACUGCUUUAUGGGGGCUUCGGGUAGUCUGUUAGAGUUUAGUAGUGCCUUAGAGCUAUGGUCUUACUUGAUUUGCAGAAACUUGUACGGUGAUACCGUUAGCAGCUAACAUGUGCUGGGUGAUGAUUCGGAAUCGUAACGUACUCCGAGUUUUGAUCUGUUUCCUGGAGCUUGUAGCUUUACAUGGAGGUGCUGGGGAGAAACAAGAGCCUGGCAAGAGGGAGACCGGGAAUCUGGGUCCCCUCGUCGAGAUGUUGGCCGGGAAAGUUAGCCCCCGUCCUUCACUGAUUUCUAAACCGGGGAUGGAUGAUCAACACAUGGCAUAUAUGGCCAAUCUCUACAAGCAGUUAGCCGAUAGAGAUGGGAAGCCUAAAGUUAACCGGACCAUUAUGACUAACACCAUUCGGCUGGUGAAACCCAGUGCAAGCGUCCUGCUCGCUGACUCUGGUCAUUGGCAUAUGCAUCAUGUUCAAUACAAUCUGCACUAUCUUCCGGAGCUAGAGCAUUUGAUUAAAGUUGCUGUUGUCUAUUUACACAGUCCUCUUGCCAAUCAACUUUUAGCUUCUUGUGAAAUCAAAUGUCUCCUUUCAAAUUAUGUCGAGCUAAAUUUCAUACAGAAUGCCACUAAUAUAGAAUUGCCCAUCCAAUUUUUGUUAAACCUGAAUGAACGAUGGGCAGAGGCUGAUGUAACUCCUUGUGUCAUUUUCCCAACUGGCAAUUCUGUGAAGAAAGUCGAUCUGCAUAUCAGUUAUAAGUGUGCUGAAUUUGGAAAAGACCAUCCAAGAACUCUGGAUAAAAGAAGAAACUAUGGUGUCCAUUUACAGGUGCCUUCUCUGCUAUUAUAUUUAAAUGACACUGAUGAAACUGCACAUCAAAGACCGGAAACAUCAGAAAAACAAUUUCAAGAGAGUUCAUCCAAAUCCCGUGUGUUGGUUAGGAAACCACGACAACUAAGCAACAUUGGCUCAGGCAUUCCUAACUAUCUUAAGAAAAGUCCUCCAAGGAACAAGUGCAAGCUCCAUUCGUUUUGGGUAAGCUUUGAGCAAUUGGGUUGGGAUCAUUGGAUUGUGGCUCCUCAUAGGUACAAUCCAAAAUUCUGCAGGGGAGACUGUCCCAGAAUUCUUCACUAUAGUUACCACUCUCCGAAUCAUGCCAUAGUGCAGAAUUUUAUCAAUGAAAUAGUUGAUAAAAAUGUGCCCCGUCCAUCUUGUGUCCCUUUAAAAUACAGUCCCAUUAGUGUCCUUUUGAAGGAGCAAAAUGAUCACAUAGUGUACAAGGAGUACAAUGACAUGAUUGCUGUGUCUUGUACUUGCAAAUAGAACUUUAUCCUGAAUUGGCACUAAUUUGGGGCUAGAUUAGGAAAAUAGUGCACCACUAUGAGGUGGUUAUCAUAAAAUGUUUAAAGUAAAUUUGUCUGAUCAUGUUUAUGAAACCACAUUGACCAAAGCAAGUCAUAAAAUGGCUGGCUUUGAAUUUAACUGCAGUGAAGGCUUACUUGUGUUCUUCCUGUGAUUUGUUAUGGGAACAUGUCUGAGUUCAUGGUGCAAUUGUAGCCCUUCAGUAUCACACUUUAAAGACUAGCUUUUCAAAGUCUAUUUGCAGUUGGGGGAGGGUAGGAGGCAAAAUGUGUCUGAAGAACCUCCUGCAAAGGCAAUGAAAAUUGAGACCAAUAUACCUGAUGUGGCAAGAAACAUUGAUUCUGUAGUCUAAAUGUAUUUAUAAUUGUGAUUUUUGUAAAUUUUCCAGUUUAUGCUAAACUUUGUCAAUCUUUUAUAUUAAAGUUGUCAAGUCUAAUACUGUUGACCCAUUGAAAUAACAGUCCUUUGAAAAAAAUGUAAAGACUCAAAUUUUAACUCUCCCAGAAUGAGGAUUCCACUAAAGCUAUUUAACUUGAGCUGCAGUAACCUUUUUAAAGCCAAUAAUGGUAACUUGCUAUUGCUUCAGCUGUGAUUUCACUUGAGGGUAAUUUACUAGGUGAUUCAGGAAGCCCUGAUUAAAUUACAAAAGUGAAUGUCUGCACCUUCUUUGUAGAUAGCUUUUCAUCAAGAUGCACAAGAUAAUACAGGGGUGUGGAGAUUAGCAGGUGGGUGGGAGCUGAGGGAAGCACGGGGGGGGGGGGGGGGUAACUCAUGUAAGUGAGCAGUUUAUUGUUAGUUCACUAGGGAUUGUAUACAAUAAAGUAAAAUUUUAAAUGGCUAAUGCACUUUGGUUUUUAAACCCCAAACUUUGCAUCUUUUUAAAUAACUGUUCUAUGGUGCCAAGAGGUUGGAACUGAAACUGCAGUAUUUUUGGCUACUGUAAUUCAAAGGGUUAACUUGAUCUGAAGUGAAUGUAAAUAGAAUAAUACUGUACUAUCAAAUCUGAAUUAUUACUAGGCUUGCCUUGUCACUGUUUUUGCUGUAUUUAUUUUGCAAGUUUAAUUGCAUUACACUACACUAUUUCCAUGUACAACAGAUUUCUAUAUGGCAUUGCAUAUUCAUUUGUCUGUUUUUACACAUUCUCUAAAGUGAACAAGUUUUGAAUAUGGAUGCACUAACCUAGGCAGUCUGAGUUAUUAGCUUUUGCACUUUGCUUUCAGCCCUCCCAUUUGUAUUAAAAUAGCCAGCUGUUUAAAUUUCAAUAUUGCAGCUGUUUAAGCUACCAAUGCAAUUCUUUAAGCACUUCUGUAUACAUGCAAAAGCACUAAAUUCUGUAGCUAUUUUUAACUCAGUUCUAAGAUUUUGUACUGUGUAAGUUGCAUACUCCCAAUAAAGAAAUGGCUUGACUUGUUUAAA